AUGAAGCUCAACAUGUCGCCGAAGAAGCUGGUUUCCCGCGAGGAGUCCGCUUCGCUGGUCAUGCUGUCGUCCCCUGAGAAAAGACAGGCCACUGAGGAUGACAUUUCCCCAGAAUUGGUCCCGAUAGUCACCUUGUUAUCCGCCCAGGCCCACAGAAGGUACCACGAAGGUAUCUUUAUGCUUUACUAUGAUCUUAAUAGUGACGGCAAGUCCGGAGACCGUGAAUGGAAGGAGGUGUACGGUAUUCUUACUGGUACUCAGUUGGCGUACUGGGACGCUGCCAAUUUGGCUCGUUUCAAGGACCUGCCCGAACAACUCUUCGAAACAUCCUCCAAGCCAAAAUACUUGAAUUUCACUGAUGCUAUAUUCAACGCCAUGCGUGUUCUCCCUGCAGCGAAACAGCAGCUUGAAAACGUCAUCAUUGUAUCCACAACUUUGAAAAACAGAUAUAUCCUUCAGUUUCGCUCUUACGAGACUUUGACGGAAUGGUACAUGGGCCUUCGUUUGGCCUCUUAUGAAUACAACUCCUUGCAGGAAGCUUACACUGGUGCAUUGCUUUCUGCUCGUGGUUCUCGGCUCUCUGAUAUCCGUACCAUCUUGGCUGAGAAACGUUAUAACCACUCUGACUGGGUUAAGAUUAGAUACGGAUCAGGAAUGGCUUGGAAACGCUGUUACGCUGUUAUCGAACCAUCCGUUAACAAGAAAAAUAAGUUCACUUCCGGCCGUGUUUUGCUUUAUGAUAACGAGAAGAUGAAAAAGCAGAGCUUGCUAGGUACUAUUACAUCAGCAUCAAUGGUCACAGCUGUUUACCCACAGCUGCCGUUUUUCAUUGAUAAGAGUACAAUUAUGAAGCUUGAAGGUGCCAUUAACUUCUCGCUGCCCUCGACCAAAAAGUCUAAGAAAUCUACUGCUCAAUCUGAAGAGACUUCGCUUUUCCUCAUGCCAGAACAGCACUCUGCGGUUGCCGGCUACGAUACAUUGAUCCGUUUCUUGAUGCCGUUACUAGAUGCAUUUGGCCUUUAUGGUCGUCCAAAGCGACUUAAAGCUGAUCGUGUUGAUCCCGAUUCGCUUCUUUUUGGCUUACCUACCUUGCCUCGUGUACAUUAUCUUAUGGUUGGAGACCUUCAUCCUCUUGCCGGUAACGAUGCGUUCAUGAGCUGGGAUCAUGGCAAAUGGACCGAAAACAUCAAAAGGAUUUUAAAGCUGAAGCUUUCUCAGGGAUACAAUGGAUGUGGAAGCUCUAGAGGCUUCGUUGGGGCAUUGAAUUCGAUGAGUCCAAGGAAUAGUCCAACUACUUCCAGGGUCCCCUCGAAUAACAUCCAUGAGUCUCCUAACCCACAGAAAGUCGAGCAGACGAGGAAUGCUUCUGGUCCUCUCACUCCUCUUUCUCAGCCAAUUGGUCGCCCUGGUGAGCAGCCACGUUCGCUGAGUGGUCCUCAAACGGGAUCUCAGAACCAAAAGCCUGUGCCCAACCAACCUCAGCAACGUCUGCCUCAACGCCAUAGGCCACCUCCACCUGGUCCAGAUCCCGUGAUGAGAAGACCAGAGCAACUGAGUCUGUCCAAGAACGUGCACAAUCUCUCUGUCAAUACUCCGCAACAGAGGGGCCAACAGAACUUGUCUCCUAACGCUGUUGGUGCUGGAUAUGGUGCAGCUGCCGGUGCAGCUGUUGGUGCUGGAUUCGCUGGUAUGGCUGAUCCACACAAAUCAGUCCAGCUUGCCGAUAUUUACCAGAAGUACUCAACCAUCGAGAGUCCAUCGGACAGGUUCCAUGAUAGGAAUGAGAUGUUGAAGGGUGGUGCCGAGGAAAUUGAAGAAGAUAGACUUCCUACGCUUAUGAGAAAGAAGUCUUUGAUGCGUGGUAUUUACCCUACAAAUGACAAAGAUUUGUUAGGUAGCGAGAGCGAGAGCGAGGAGGAUAUCGAGGAAGAAGACGAAGAAUCUAGUGAAAGUUUGAAGGAACCUCAAUUGCCAUCUGCAAGUUUGCAGGUUCCAGGUUACGACAAGAGGAACAGCAGUAUGUCACUGGUGCAAUCCCCAACUACCCAGUACAACGAAUUCAAUAAGCAGUUCUCCAAGACUGUUGAUACUGAAGGCCCAUUGCGCAAUCAGAGAUAUGAAAGCAGCAGCGAGGAAGAGGAAGAGUCCUCUGAAGAAGAAGAAGACGACGAAGAGGACAAUCAAUAUGCUAGAUCAGCUGCUUAUGCGCAACAGAGUCAAGGUGCUAUACCCAGAGCCAACCAGCUCCCCCAGCUUCAGCACCUUAAUCUUAAAGAUGAUGCUCCAGCUGAUAGCCAUCGUGGUGCAAGCCAACCGCAUGGCCAACAUGUUUAUGGUCAACAAGUGUACGGACAGCAACCCCAAAGUGAAGGCCAGUAUGGUCAGCAAGGCCAGCAAAGGCAAGAUCCUCGCCUGGUCCCUCUUCAAAAGUCAAGGCCAUCUAAGAACUUGACUCUGGAGCUUCAGUCACCACCUGAACAUAACAGGCCUCGUUACAUCAUGUCGCCCAACAGCUCGCAGAAUUCCCUUCCCAGCUCCAGAAGCCCAGCCCCUCAGCAGGCUCAGCAAGCUCAGCAGCCUCAGGCCGUUCCAUCUACUGUCGUAACGGAGCCAAAUGGGAAUAACGAGGAAUCUUCUCCCACUGUUGCACCAACUGCAGCAUUCAGAGUGCCUCCUCCACAACCUGUUCAGCAGAUGCACCCAGGCCACGGUCCUCAACAAAUGUAUCAGCAACAUCCUCAAUAUCAGCAGCAUCCGCAGUACCAGCAGCGUCCUCCUCAAAGCCAUGGAAACUCGGGCAUUCCACCAAGUGUUUCCCAGCCAAAGUCUGUGAGACUGCCUCCGCCAGCCCAACAAGGAGUGCCUCAGCAGUAUCAACAGCACCAGCAGCAUCAGCAUCAUCAGCAUCAACAACACCCACGUCCCCAGCAGCAGCGCUCUGGUCAUCCUUACCAACAAAGAGCGUACCAAAACUACCAAGGACCCCCACCCCAACAGCAAGGGGCACCAUACCAGGCGCCUCUUCAAAGACAGGCUCACCAUUACAACAAUGGUAUCCAGCCACAGGCGCCAAUGCAACCUAUGAGCUCUCCAAGCGUUCGUUCCUACGGUGAUGCUCAGCAGGUGUAUCAGUACGAAGCUCAACCCGAGCAUCGUCCUGCCCCACAAGCGCCAGAAGGACAAUAUGGCAACUACCAAAGGUACAAGCCAAACCCCCAGCAAAACGCUUACCAGCGCCACUACUAG